AUGCAAGUCUUUACUCAAAAGCGUAAUCCUAUAACCGGUAGCACCGAAUGGGAUGUUCAACAUGAAGAUUACGACUAUCAUCAAGAGAUCGCACGAUCCGCUUUCGCAGAUAUGCUUCAUGACUCAGAAAGAAAUAAAAAAUACUACAGAGCUUUACAACUGGCUAUUGAAAAAAUGCAUAUUGAUGGAAAGAAAGCUAAUGUUUUGGAUAUAGGUACGGGAACAGGCCUUCUUUCAAUAAUGGCAGCAAAAUGUGGGGCAGACUCUAUUAUUGCAUGUGAAGCAUUUAAACCAAUGGCUGAAUGUUGUCUUAAAAUAUUGGAGCGUAAUGGUGUAGCUGAUAAAAUUACAGUCAUUCCUAAACGCUCCACGGAUAUAACUGUUGGUGAAGACGGUGAUAUGAAGGAGAAGGCAAAUAUUCUAGUGACAGAAGUAUUUGAUACAGAAUUGAUUGGUGAAGGUGCCUUACCCACAUUUUCCCAUGCGCAUAAGUAUCUGUUGGAAGAAGAUUGUAUAGUAGUGCCAGAUUCUGCAAUAAUUUAUGCACAAGUAGUAGAGUGCCCUACGUUGCAAAAAUGGAAUAAAUUAAAUGAUCUAGCUGAUGAAGAUUUAAAUAUUAUUUUGAAAACACCACAAAAGAUGAAAGAUUGUGCAGGAUCUGCGGCAGUUCAUGAUAUUCAAUUAUCACAACUCCCUCGACAAGCAUUUCGGGAACUUUCUGAACAAAUACCUGUAUUUUAUUAUGACUGGUCUGGUAAAACACCUAUAGACUUCAAGAGGACAGUUAAACAAGAGUUUAAAGUUAUUGCCACUGGAAAAGCACAAAUGGUAUUUAUGUGGUGGGAACUUAACAUGGAUACUGAAGGUAAAAUAGUGCUAAGUUGUGCUCCAUGGUGGAGUCACCCUGAUGCAGAUUUAUCUUCCGAAAGGCCUCAAGAUUCUAUACCUUGGCGUGAUCAUUGGAUGCAGGCUGUAUAUUACCUCCCUCAAGAAAUAUCAGUUCAAAAUGACACUGAAGUAACCCUUAUUUCUUGUCAAGAUGAUUAUUCGCUUUGGUUCUAUUUAGAAGACGGAAAGACCAAAUAUAAAAACUAUAAAAGACCAGUUUGUGAAUGUGGUGUGCAUAUGAUAUUAUCAAGAACUCAUGUUUCUUAUUUGAAUGAUGGAAGAAGGAGUAAGAAAUUUUUAUCACAGCUGAAAGAAGAAUUAGUUAAAGAUGCUAUAGUUCUAGAUUUAAAUGGAAGCAGUUUCAUGGGUUUGGCUUCUGCUAAACUCGGCGCAAAACAUGUGUACAUCGUAGAGAAUAUGAAUUUGAACAUAGGAAUUCUAAAUGAUUACAUCAAAGAGAACAACUUAGAUAAUGUGACGAUUUUAUCAGAUUUGAGUGAUGAGAUUUUUAAAGAGGUCACAAAUAUAACUUGUGAUCCAAAUUUCAGCACAGCUGUUCUUCCAUGGGAGAAUCUUAAAGUUGCUUACCUUUUAUAUAAAUACAAAAGUAAAUUGCGAGAGACAAUAUCCAUUAUUCCAGAAGGAUGUGAAUUUUGGGCUAUGCCUGUCGAAUUUCAGGAUUUACACAAGAUAAGGAUACCUUUGGAUGUCUGUGAGGGAAUUGACAUGACUGUAUUUGAUAGUCUUGUAGAGAGUUCACGCCUUAUAAGUGAUGCGGAGAUUGAAGCCCAGCCUCUCUGGGAGUAUCCGUGCAAGUGCCGCGGUCAGCCUCGGAAGUUACUCGAAAUCGACCUUCAACACUUGACACCGACUUUCGCAACCGAUGGGACGAAUCCGAUAUUAGACAUAGAAGUUGAUGACGUUCAGCCAGUUAAUGGAUUCGUGUUGUGGUCUUGUUGGAAAAUCGGCGGAAAAUCGAUCAGUUGCGGACCGACCGAAUGGCCGGCUGUUGGAGAGCGGGUGAACUGGGACCCGCAUACAAGACAAGCGGUCAAGAUACUUAAAAAGUCUCAUAACGUAAGUGGCGCGGACACGUGGAGUUAUCAAGUCGCCUGCGAUUUGGAAAAAGGUCAAUUCGAUGUGACGAUACAUUUGGUCCAUGAUAGUUGA